AUGAUGUCACUAUUCUGCCUGUAUUUCAAUAUUCAUCCUAUAUCUGUCUUGUCCUUUUUAUUAUCUGCUCAAGCAUUCGUUAUCUAUACAUUCCUGCCACCAGAUCAGUCUGACGUUCAUCUAGCCGUUCUACUUGUGGUUCUGAUGCCCAUCUUCUCCAUCAAACGGAACGAGGACGGAAUGAACGGAGUGGCACGGCGGAAACAGUUCAAAUUGAGACCAUGGCAAUCAACAGCACUUCCCGCCAGACACGACCACUACAGUUGUUUCCGAAGUUCCCCCAAGGCUGCAAUUAAUGCGCCUUCUGCUUUUCAACGCCUUCCUUCUCGUGAUCUUCAUUCAGUAUCUCUUUUCUCCAGACAUUCUAGAAUUCAUUCUAGACAUUCUAGAAUCCCACCCAAAGACGCCCUAGACAGUUACGUUUUGUAUGUCACUUUGUGA